AUGCAGAAGAGCGUGCGGUACAAUGAGGGGCACGCUCUCUAUCUGUCAGUGAUCGCCCGGAAAGAGGGCGCCAAGCGGGGGUUCCUCAGCAAGAAGACCACGGAGAACGGACGCUGGGCUGAGAAGUACUUCGCCCUGCACCAGAAUGUGCUCUUCUACUUUGAGAACGACCAAAGCGCCAGGCCGUCGGGCAUCUACCUGCUGGAGGGCUGCACGUGUGAGCGCUCACCCGCUCCAAAGGCGUCUGUCAGCGGCAGAGAGCCGCCCGAGAGGCUGCAGCACUACUUCCUGAUUAUCUUCGGUCAUGAUGGACAGAAGCCUUUGGAGCUUCGUUCUGAGGAGGAAUCUGACUCUAAUGAGUGGGUGGAUUGUAUUCAGCAGGCGAGUUACUCGGACAUCAUCAUUGAGCGUGAGAUCCUGAUGCAGAAGUACAUCCACCUGGUGCAGAUCAUGGAGACUGAGAAAAUUGCAGCCAAUCAGCUGCGCACUCAGCUGGAGGAUCAGGACACCGAGAUAGAGAGACUCAAAGUCGAGAUUGUUAUGCUGAACAAAACCAAGGAAAGAAUGUCGCCUUACCAAAGUAGUCAAGAAGACGAAGACCCAGAUAUUAAAAAGAUCAAAAAGGUCCAAAGUUUUCUUCGUGGCUGGCUUUGCAGAAGAAAGUGGAAGAUCAUUGUCCAGGAUUAUAUCUGCUCCCCACACGCAGAAAGCAUGAGGAAGAGGAACCAAAUAGUUUUCAACAUGGUGGAGGCAGAGACGGAGUAUGUCCACCAGCUGUCCAUCCUGGUCAACUGUUUCCUACGGCCCCUGAGGAUGGCCGCCAGCUCCAAGAAGCCUCCGAUCAGUCACGACGACGUCAGCACCGUUUUUCUCAACAGUGAGACCAUUAUGUUCCUGCACGAAAUCUUUCACCAAGGUUUAAAGGCCCGGAUCGCCAACUGGCCAACUCUUGUUUUGGCUGACCUGUUUGAUAUCCUGCUCCCUAUGCUGAACAUCUACCAGGAGUUUGUGCGCAACCACCAAUUCAGCCUUCAAGUUCUGGCAAAUUGUAAACAGAACCGGGAUUUUGACAAACUUCUCAAACAGUACGAGUCCAAUGCCGCCUGCGAGGGCCGUAUGCUGGAGACCUUUCUUACAUAUCCAAUGUUUCAAAUUCCUCGAUACAUCAUCACUCUACAUGAGCUGCUUGCACACACGCCGCACGAACAUGUGGAACGCAAGAGUCUGGAGUUUGCCAAAUCUAAACUGGAGGAACUGUCAAAAAUGAUGCAUGAUGAAGUCAGCGACACAGAAAACAUCCGGAAGAACCUGGCCAUCGAGCGAAUGAUCGUAGAGGGCUGCGAUAUUCUUUUAGACACAAGUCAGACUUUUGUACGACAAGGCUCUUUAAUCCAGUUGCCAUCCAGUAGUGAACGGGGAAUGCUCAGUAAAGUCCGCCUGGGUUCCCUGUCACUUCGCAAAGAAGGAGAAAGACAGUGUUUUUUGUUUACCAAGCAUUUGCUCAUCUGCACGCGCACGUCAGGAGGAAAACUGCACCUGCUUAAGCAAGGGGGCACGUUGUCUCUGAUUGAGUGUACUCUCAUUGAAGAACUCGAUGUCAGUGACGAGGACUACAAUGCAGCAGGCCAGGGGUUCAACCAUUUGCAGUUUAAGAUUGUGGUGGAACCUCCUGAUGGACAACCUUUCUCUGUGGUCCUACUAUCUCCGUCUCGCCAGGAAAAGGCUGCCUGGACCAGUGACAUCAGCCAGUGCAUUGAUAAUAUUCGAUGCAAUGGUUUGAUGACGAGUGUGUUUGAGGACAACUCUAUAGUUUCUGUGCCACACAUGAUCAAAUCUGAUGCUCGGCUGCAUAAAGACGAUGUGGACAUAUGCUUCAGUAAGACGCUCAACUCCUGCAAGGUCCCUCAGAUCCGUUAUGCCAGUGUGGAGCGACUGCUGGAGCGACUCACUGAUCUUCGCUUCUUAUCCAUCGACUUUCUUAACACAUUCCUGCACACGUACAGAAUAUUUACCACUGCAGCCGUGGUCAUUGACAAACUAGCUGAUAUCUACAAGAAGCCCUUCACUUCAAUACCAGUGAGGAUUGAGCAACAUUCCUGUGAUCGUCUUUCCAUUAUGUCACUUUGUCCUGACUACAGUCUGAAGAUCACUCAGCUUGCUCUGGAUCAGACUAAGUCAUUGGAGCUGUUCUUUGCCACCAACCAGGGAGCCUGGGGAACUGACUCCCUGAAUAAUAAAUCUCCAAGACUGUGUCGCAAAUUCUCCUCUCCUCCUCCUUUGUCCAUCCCCUCCCGGACUUCUUCUCCUGUGCACAGCAGAAAGCUCUCUCUCAGCUCCCCAAUCGGUCCCAAGGUAGCAGCCCUGGAUCUGACCAUCACUCCCACAUCAUCAGCAGCAAACUCGCCCACAUCCAGUUACUGUCCAGGCAUCUCCUCUCCCCCUCCCAUGACCAGAGCCCCCUCUGGCUUCUGUUCUCCUCCACCCACUGCCAAGCGCUCUCCCAGCCUUCCUCAAGCCUCAGGGAUGUCCUCUCCACCGCCCUUCUGCACAAAGGCUCCCCUAGACCUCUCCCGUGGUCCCAGCUCCCCAGAGUUGAGCCCAUCCGCAGCGGACGAUGUCAGCGGGGAGCUGCCUCGCCUUGACGCCUUCUGUGGGAAGUUAAGACGCAGCAUCCGCAGAGCUGUACUGGAGUCAGUAUCACUGGACAAGUUCCUUCCGGAGACUUCCGCGAGCAGUGAGGGUGACGUUUCGCCGUGUCGCUCCCCUUCUACGCCCCGACACCUGCGCUUCAGACCUCAGGGAGGAGUGACAUCAGGAGACAAUUCUCGUUGCACAAUGUCACCAGCUUCAGCGUUUGCCAUCGCCACCGCAGCUGCCAGUCACAGCUCCCAGGGUUUUAACAGCCCAGAAAGAAACUGUGAUAAAGAGUUCAUUAUUCGCAGAGCUGCCACCAACAGAGUCUUAAAUGUUUUGCGGCAUUGGGUGUCAAAGCACUCUCAGGAUUUUGAAAUGAACUGUGAACUGAAGUUGGGGGUCAUUUGUCUCCUGGAAGAAGUGCUUAAAGAUCCAGACCUUUUGCCUCAGGAGCGAAAAGCCACAACAAAUAUACUGAGUGCUCUUUCCCAAGAAGAUCAAGAUGAUGGUCAGCUUAGGAUUGAAGACAUUUUGCAAUUGAAAAGCUGCCCUUUACUUCACUUCAUUGCGGCAGAAAGUCCGAGGACUGAAUGUUUCGAGUCGCUGUCUGCCAUGGAGCUGGCUGAACAAAUCACGCUGCUGGACCACAUCGUGUUCAGAAGUAUUCCUUAUGAGGAGUUCUUGGGCCAAGGGUGGAUGAAGGCAGACAAGACGGAGCGCACCCCCUACAUCAUGAAGACAAGUCAGCACUUCAAUGAGAUGAGUAACCUGGUGGCCUCGCAGAUCAUGGCCAACGCAGACGUGGGCUCCAGAGCCAGCUCCAUAGAGAAGUGGCUGGCGGUGGCGGACAUCUGCCGCUGCCUCAACAACUACAACGGAGUACUCGAAAUCACAUCUGCACUGAACCGCAGCGCCAUCUACAGGCUGAAGAAGACAUGGGCCAAAGUCUGCAAGCAGACAAAGGCUCUCAUGGAUCGGCUGCAAAAGACAGUAUCGACGGAAGGACGGUUCAAAAACCUUAGAGAAACCCUUAAAAACUGUAACCCCCCAUGUGUCCCAUAUUUGGGCAUGUACCUCACAGACCUGGCGUUUAUAGAGGAAGGAACUCCUAAUUUUACUGAGGAAGGUUUGGUGAACUUUUCCAAAAUGAGAAUGAUAUCUCAUAUUAUUCGAGAGAUUCGUCAGUUUCAGCAGGCCCCCUACAGGAUCGAGCAUCAAACAAAGGUUACACAAUUCCUUUUGGAUAAAUCACUAAUCAUGGAUGAAGACACACUCUAUGAGCUUUCACUGAACAUUGAACCUCGACUGAAAAGCUCUUUAACUGGAGACCUCCUGCCACAGGCCGAGCAGCACUCUACAGCUCUUCGACUAAAAGACAAAAAGGAUGGCGAGCUCUUUCACACGCCUGAUUUCAGGCCGUAA